CAGCUGAGGGGGCAGGACCAGGACGUGGGCCGACCUCUACUGUAGUGCGCGUGUAUGAGUGUGUGCGUCUCUCCUUAACAGACACAGGCUCACAACGUGAUGAGACGUGAUACUUAACGGGUCUUUUGUAUCAAAACUUUAUUUUGAUCCAUUUUGUAUUAUUUCGAUGCCGCAUUCCGACCCAUUCCGACACCUUGGACACACAAAUCACUUGCCGUGGAAAAACGACUUGCUUUCUGCCGAAGAGUGUCCGCUUCCCCUCCCCUCGAUGAAGAGCUGCGAUGCCCUCUGAUUUCGUCUCCCUCCUCAGCUCGGACCUCGACCUCAAUUCCCCCAAAUCUCUCUACUCUAAAGAGUCUGUAUAUGACCUCCUCCCCAAAGAGCUCCAGCUCCAGCAGUCGUCCACCCAGACCGACCCAACCACCAUGAGUCAGAAGAGCGGGGGAGAGGCGGGGCCUCCUCCAUCUGCGGCCUUGGCUUCAGAUGCCACGUCUUCCACCUCCAGCCCCUCUGCUUCCUCCUCCUUGGUCAUGGGAGCCCCGAGCUCUGGUUCGUCCGCCGGCCCGUCCGCCGACCAUCUCAAGGCGCCCCAGCACCAUCACUUGGCCGGAGGAGAAGGAACUGUAGCUUCAGAAGUGCAAGUCAUGGAGGGAGGACCCGCAUCUGCUCCCAACAGGAGCAACAGCACAGCGGGCGCCGUGGCAGGAGACCCCGGUUUAGGAGUUCAGCAGCCUCAGAACACGCCGUCAAAGCGGAGGCCCGUAUUGAGCAUAUCCCCACCACCUGAAGACCUGUUCGAUGACAGUCAAAUGUCCUGCCUGGAGGAGCCCCCCGCAGCCAGUGUCCCGGGUCCGGACUCAGAGCAUAGCAGUAGUAUGUGGGCCGAUGACUCAGUUUCCAACUUCAGCUUGGUCAGUUCCUUCUCCUACAAUGACAACACGGAGGUGCCACGCAAGUCGAGGAAAAGAACUCCCCGCCAGCGGCCGGGGCCCAAACCAGCUCCCCCGGAGGACAGCAUGGAUGUGUUUGAUGCAGACAGUGCCAAAGCGCCUCAUUUUGUUCUGUCUCAGCUCGGCCCAGACAAAACUUGUCCCAUGACUAGUUCUCUUGAGUCGGGGACAACAGCAGCCGGGGGAUCACUAUCUACUCAGUUCCCUCAAAGGAGUAACGGGAAGGAGUUAAAGAUGUUAGUGCAGCCUGAGACCCAGCACAGAGCUCGAUAUCUGACCGAAGGCAGCCGAGGUUCUGUCAAAGACCGGACACAGCAGGGAUUCCCGACCAUCAAGUUGGAGGGUGUCAGUGAGCCAGUUGUACUGCAGGUGUUUGUAGCAAAUGACACAGGUAGAGUGAAGCCUCACGGUUUCUACCAGGCAUGCAGAGUCACUGGUCGCAACACCACUGCCUGCACCGAGGUGGACAUUGAGGGUACAACUGUUAUCGAGAUCCCUCUGGAGCCCAGCAAUGAUAUGACACUUCCGGUGGACUGUGUAGGAAUUUUGAAGCUUCGCAAUGCUGACGUGGAGGCACGUAUUGGUGUGGCGGGAUCCAAAAAGAAAAGCACCCGAGCUCGCCUGGCCUUUCGAGUUAACAUCCCACAGACUGACGGAUCCAUCCUCACCCUACAAGUCCUGUCAUCACCCAUUCUCUGCACCCAGCCUGCGGGAGUACCAGAGAUCCUGAAGAAGAGUCUCCACUCCUGCUCUGUAAAAGGAGGGGAGGAAGUUUUUAUAAUCGGAAAGAAUUUCCUGAAAGGAACCAAAGUUGUUUUUCAGGAGAAUAUUGCAGAUGAUAAUUCUUGGCAAGCUGAGGCUACUAUUGACAUGGAUCUUUUCCAUCAGAACCAUUUAAUUGUGACGGUUCCCCCAUUCCACAACCAAUCAAUAACUUCCCCAGUUUCUGUGGGAAUUUUUGUCAUGACCAAUGCUGGUAAAUCACACGAAGCCCAACCUUUCACCUAUACUCCUGACACAGCAGAUAAAACAGAUGUUCAAAAAGUAAAAACCGAGGAACCUUCCUUCAAGACAUGUAUAUUUGACAGUCAGAUCCAAUCUGUGCCCUCUGACCAAACUGACUUCUCUGGUCAGCCUGUCAAAAGGCAAGAGGACACACCGAUGGAAGUGUCUAGCAAUCCACAGUCCACAAAUGUGUUCAAGCAAUCCUCUGGCCCGAUUGUGUCAGUGCAGCAGACACUCGAGCUGAGCUCGACCCCUCAUUCAGGUGGGGAGUCCUUUCAGAGCUCAAUGCCCCUACAACCAGAGGAUGUCGAGCUUCCCCAGGCACCUCCUGUUUUUCCAACCCUAGAGUCUCUCAAUUCAAUUCAAAAGCAAGACAUUGCCCCAACAGCAUCCUUUCCAAUGGCAGGAGAUCCAACAAUUCCCCCUGUGACACCAGAAGUUCCCCAGCAGUUCCUCAGAGACCCUCAGGAAAAUCUGGCCACUGACAAUAGUGCGGUAGUGGUUGUAGCAAUGCCACAAAUUGCAGCAACUUCUCAGCCCCAACCCCAGCAGUCCCAGGUUCCCAUGUUUGCCCAGGAAGGCGUUGCCCAUCUGGAAAUAACAGUAAGGGACCUUCAGGCUGGAGUUAACAACGCACUCCAACAGGUCAUAGAGGCAGCUGUAGCCCAGCAGCAGCAGCAACAACUAACCACUGUGCUUUACAGCCAAGCUUCCUCUGCAGACUCCCUUCAACAACAUGUCCAGGAGAACAUGAACAGCCUUAGAUUGGGAGCAACAGACAAUUCACUGUCACCACAGCAGCAAUUGCAAAUACAGCAACAGCAGCAACAACAGCAGAUACAACAGUUUCAACAGCAGCAGCAACAAAUGCAACAACAGCAAAUCCUUGGCAACCUUCAACAGCAACAACAUCUACAGCAACAACAACAAGUCCUUGGAAACAUGCAGAUGCAACAACAACUUAUACUACAGCCUCAAGACCAACAGCAAGUACAGCAGCAACAACUUCUAGAAAACAUUCAACAACAACAGUUGCAACAGAAUCAACAAGUCCUAAACAACAUGCAGCUCCAGGAUCAACAACAAAAUCAAAUUCUCAGCAAUUUACAACAGCAUCAGCUGCAACAGCAACAAAACCAAGCGUUAAGCAACCUUCAGCAACAGCAGUUGCAGGAACAACAAGUCUUGGAGAAGCUCCAGCAGCAACUUCAGGCAGAGUUGCUUCAGCCUCAAAUCCAUUCCAAUCCCCAAGUGCAGCAGCCCGUCUCCCUUCUUCAAGAACCUGCUGAGAUGCUUACAAUCCAAACUAGCUUUCCAACACAGCCCCCAUCCCAUACGUCACCGCCACAGCAGCUUUUCCAGUCUCCCAGACCGAUUGCAGAGACCCAGGGUUCCCAACAGCAGGUUCAAGCAGCCCUUCUGCCGAAUGCACUGACAGCCCUGACAAGCAGCGGCCUCAACGCAGAGCAACAGUCCACUGGGUCAGCUCUGUACCUCUCGCCGACCCCUCAGUCCCAACAGCAGCCGCAUUUGACAUUCAUCUCCAGCAUGGAGACGUCCACCAGUCAGCCCCAGGCUGUUACUAUGUUUCAUAACCAGCCUCAAACUCAGCUUUCACAAAUUCAGCAACAGGGCACCCCCAUGGAACAACAGCAAUCCCCGCAACAAAAUCAACAACAGUCACCGCAACUUUCCAUUAGCCAGCAGAACUCCUUGUUCCAAAGCAUACCCAAUCAUUCACAGCCUAACCCGAUCCCCCAGAAUCAACUCUCCCAGUCACAGCAGACUGGUCUACUCCUCUGUACCACCGAUCUAAAUCCCCAGACUAUCCUUUUCAGCACCCAGACCCAAGGUGCAGCCCCGAUAGGCAGCAUCACUGUAGGACUUUCCCAACCUGAGACAGUCGAGCCUAUGUCCUUCCAAGAUCAGAGUUCCUUGGGUAACAACUCCACAUCUGCUCAAAACCAAUCGCAAAGUAUUUUUCAGGAACAGCAGCCCAUGCAAGUGGGCACAAGUUCUUCAAGUGUCCAAAACAGUCAACCUGUGGAGCUGUUCCUGCCCCAGGCUUCCCUAUCCAGCCUCCAGGGUACUCUGGGUUCGCCAGAGCUAAACAACCAGGCUGCAGCCCCUGGCACAACCAUUUUUGUGGUUCAAGGGUCUGUGGGUGGAGUGGACAGCCCUGGCCAGCAACCCCCAGAGCAGCUUUUCCAGACAAAUGUGAAUGAAAAUGUGGCCCAACGAGGACCAGCCAACGUGUUCGUGUUUGGCAUCCAAAAUGACACUCCUCAGCUGCUCAACUCCUCCGGCUCCAGCCUUCCAGUUCAGAACCAGGCCCAAAACCCUGGCCACAUGCAGCCCCUCAUGGAGCAACCCAUGGCCCAGGCGUCAUCUUCCAUGCACGGUGGCCUACAGGGAAGCCUGCAGAUGCAGUCCAGUUUGGAGAGCGCCAUGCAGACCAACAGCCAGGUGACUCUGCAACCUGCUUUACAGGCCAGCGUAGACACCAGCCUGCCGACGCCCAUGCAGACCAAUCUCCAGAUUCAGAGCAGCUUACAGAAUACAAUGCAGGGCUCUAUAUCGGCAGCGUCCGACAUGGGCAAAAUUGAGGACCUACUGGAAAGUCUGCAGAAGCAGUGACGCGUUUGUUUGCGCGGACCACGUUGAGCGAAGGUAGCCAUGUACUCCUAAAGUCGAUUAGACUUUCCAGCACAUGGUGUUUUGUGCCAAUGCCGCAAAACUUUAAAAAAAAAAAAAAAAAAAAAGUAUAUUUAAGAAUUAAAUGCCCCUCCUUUUACCUUUAACCCCUGAAGUUAUGUAACUCACUUUUAUUAACUAUUUAUCAUAAAUUAUAGCCUUUGUAUAUCCAUUGUCCUUGAAUUGAUGGUCUGCCUUUUGUUAUUACCCCUCUUGCAGGAUCAGAGAGGCCUGUAAUAACUGCUUUAGCCGUUUAAAAUGCAGUGUUUUGUUUUCAAGAGUGUUUUAAUAUUGUGGGCCUACGAGAGGGGGGCGAAACAACCUGGUUUUCUGAUGGAAAAACUGGAAGGAAGAAUGUCACAACCGGGGAACUUCAUGUGCAGUGAGCAGGCAAAGUCACGGUAACACUCAUGGACUAAAACGUACGAUUGUAGAAAAAAUGUUGGGAUGAAUCUCAUUCUUUGGAGGGAGGACACUCAAUUUUCUUGCUUUUUAAUCGUUCAAAGUUGCUCUAACAGGAAAUGCUCUUAUAUUAAUGUACAGUUUAAGGUAAGGCACUUGGGAGAUCAAUAUCCAGAAACUAUUACAGUGAACUCCCGCAUCCUUUUUCCAUUUAAAUCGAUUAGAAUACACUUAAAAUAAUAUAAUUACAAUUAAGACCUUUCACAGAGAACCAAAAAAACAGCGUUUUGAAGGACUGGCUAACGGCGAAGUAAAAUGAAGAGUCAUUUCCUAAGUUGGACAUAAACAUGACUGUCAUCAGUGUAAAUAUCUCUCGAGUUGGACCCAGAAGUGAAGCAUAAACUAAGAGAAAGCAGUGGCCCUAAAGGAGAACCUUGUGGAAACCCAAAAACACCCACAAAGGUCUUAGAAAAAUGCUUCCAAAAAGGGAUACAUAGUAAAAGAUCAAUGGUGACUUGGCAAGGGUUCACUGUAAUAGUUAAAAGUGUUCUGAAGCACAUUUAGUUUUCAUUGUCUAAACGUUAUCACUCCAGAAUGAGAUUGAACCCGGUUGCAUACUGUGACUUAUCUGGGUUUUUCCAUGCGUGAAGGCCUCCAAACAACCAUGAAGUUUUUCGUAUCUUUUUUUUUUUUUUUUUUUUUUUUUAGUUUUUUGAGGGAGGUGGGGUCUUUCAAUUCAAUGUGGGUAGAAACUUUACACUUGUGAGUGUUGUGUGGUUUUAUAGACAUUUUAUCUCAAGCACUUUAUAACCUUUUCUGUGUAACCAGCUAAUCCUUACGUCCAUCCAUACAAAUCCAUCAAGGCAUUUAAAAAACUGUCUUUGUAGGAUGAAAACAAAUCAGGGCAUCUUCCCUAGUAAUCUGACCUCCAGGCCAAUUUAGUAUUACCUGAUUUUGAAAGUGAAACCCAAUUUUUACUGUAAGAAGGCAUAUGAAGGCCACACUGUAAGGAAAAAAAUCUAGAAUUAAGUUGCCACUUAAUGAGGAAAAAAAAUGUAUGUCUGAAAAAAGUUAUCAAAAUAAAAAUAAGUCCAAGGACAAAUCAGAUUUUCUUCUUAAUACAGGUGUUGCAUAUCAAAAUUGAUUAAAUAAUUAGCAAAAAAAAUUACACUUGGAGACAGCAAUUCUUGAAAUCUUUAUUAAUUUUUUAUUUUUUUACUGUAUUAAGAUUGCCGUUUUAGCAGCUUACACUUCCAUUUAUUAAAAAAUGAAUUUUUUUUCCUAAAAACUCUGGAAAUAAAUUACAACCCCCUCCAUCAUAUUAGUUUGUUUUUCAUCAAAAAUAUUAUAUAUUUCUUUUAAAACGUUCCCUUGAAAUCUCCAAUUUUCUUGUAGUGGCACUUUGCCUAUUCUGCUCUAUUCCACUUUUUCCCCUCAAAAUAUUCCCCAAAACACAAGAAAUACAAAUAUUAUAGUUACUGCACAUGUUUACUUUUGUAUUUUUUAUUGCAACAUUUGAAUUUAGCUCCUAACAAAAACCAAACAAUUUCAUUCUGUUCUGUAGCUUCUUUCUCAAAUGUUUGUGGUAAAAUAAUUUAAUCAUAUGCAAUUUUCCCCCUGCCAGGGAAGCAAUUUUAUUAUGAUGAUGAUAAUGAUUAUUAUUUGGACAUUAUAGACAUUGAAUCCCAUUUUUGGGCUUUUAAAAAACUUUAGUAUUAGUUAUUAUAAUACCAUUAUUUUGUUGUCAUUUAUCGUUAUUCCAUUUUGUCUGUAUAAAUACAUUUCUAAAGGAAUACAAAGGUAAUUUUUUAAAAAAAUGUAAUGAAAUUAAACUGAAUACUAACAUAAAUACACACUGGUUAUGGCCCCAGGAUACACUCUAAGGUUGCAUGCCAUUGAUGGCGAUAGACGUCCAAUUAAUUUAAACCGUGAAGACUACCUGUGAAUGCUCAUGUUUAUUCAUUAUUUCAUUCAGCCAAAGAGUUGUAUGAGUGCCCUCUAAAGGUUAAAAAUUAAAAAAAUCGGAAUUCAUGCAUAGAAGUGUUUAAUUGUCAACUUUUUUUCCUUGAACUAAACAUUUUCCUUGCAUGUGGCCUUCAUACUGCUUGCGCGUCGAGUCCAUCGUGUACAUAUGUAUCGGCCAUUCCCGUGCAGUUUUUGUCAUUUUAAUCUCUUUUUAUUAUUUUUUCCCCCAGUUCGAAGUAGGCUGUUGCUGUUGUUUUUCUCGACAGAUGUAACACUUUAUUAAAAUGACAUUUUUUCAUGUUGCUCUCUUUGUUCGUACUGUUGACUUUGUGUUAGUCAACAUUUUAAAAAGUAGGCAGGGCACACAUUUCGGACGUUUUGUCAACAGUAACUACGACAACAGUCGUCCAUUUUGUUGAAAUGAUUCGUAAUAUAACAUUUCUCGAGUCAUCUGGUUGAUGCUUUGAAUCAGCAGUCAAACCAAAGCUCCUGUUAUUAAAUUGCCCCAAUUUUUUUCUUUUUUUUUUUUUUUUUUUUAAAUUACCCCCCUGUGGUCAUGUUUACUCAUUUUUACUUGCAGCUCUUACGUGUACAGUCCUGAAAAGUAUACGGUACUUUUAGUAACAUUCAAAAACAUCAUCAUAACAUCGUACUGCUGUCCGUACUUAAGCAUAUCUCCAACAACAACAAAAAAAAAGCAAAGUGUCUCGCUCAUUUGUUUACAUUUUUCAUCUAGUCCCGUCGCUGUUCGUCAUCCAUUUUCAAGUAAAUUAUCUUUUUUAGACUUUUGUAUCCAUGUAUCAAAUUGUAGAGUAUUUUUGUAAUGUUAAAAAAAGGUAAGGUGUUUGAAUAGUAUCAGGGCUGGCAGUGAACGAGUGUCUCUUUGCUAUCGACGGCGAUAGACGUCCCAUCUAUUUUGAUUGGGGCUCCCAGUUCAAAAUGGAGCGGACGUCUUUCGCCGUCAAUGGCAGCGAAUGAAUAAACCUGGAAAUGUCGUUUGUUGGAUAUACUUUGAUAUAUAUAUUUUUUUUGUUUGUUUGUUUUACUCCAGCCAGUAAACUGUAGGCCAGGUUAGCUAGCGCACACUCGUUUCCAAGCAUUCCAUUCCUCCAGACUCUAGGGGGAGCUAAAGAGCACAUUUAAGAAGAGCGCUGGGGCUUCAGUUUCAUGAAUGUAAUUGUUUUACCUCAUGCUGUGUGCACAUCAGACCAAUUUGCAGAGAAGGUUUUGUGGCAAAACGUGAACAUUUGUCCAUUUUUGUUGUUAUUUUCGGGGGGUCGUGUUUUGGGGCGUCACUGUCGGUCCUGAAGAAGAAACCGCUCGACUGAAGAGAGAGGAGAACGAAAGCACACAAAAACUUUGACACACACUUUUGUCCUGUAGAUUUAAAUGUGAAAUUUACUGCAGGGGUAUGUUGAAUUUCAAUGACUGCGCUUUCAACAGAACUUUGUGUGCCUUCAUUUAAAUGAAAAAAAAAAAAGACAAAAAAAUGGUUUCUCUGCUGUUUACUCUCCUUUGUUUCUCCGUAUCCAUUUUUUAAACUGCAGCCCACACUGGUUAUAUUUUUGUGCUAAUUUAGUUUUUUAACAACCGUUGCAUGAUAUCAUUGUUUUUUUUAUGCCUCAUGAGAUUGACGUGAGGUUUAAAAAGAAAAAAAGGGACGAAAUAAUGACUUGUUUCCUUACAAGGGUGUUUUUUGUGUUGCCGUGCUACUUCGCAUUUACUCCGUUGUUGCUGUGAAACGCUAAAAGAAGUUACUGUUCAUUGCCAAUUGCGUCGUCAUGUACUCAAAAGAAGUUUGUGCUCAUUUGCUUUCUCUCCCGCAGUCGUGUGUGCGUGUAGUAAAUAUUUAGCCUUACAGCCCUGCGUUUAGGGAUAAUGGUCAAGCCCCUCCUAUGUGUUGUCAGUUAUUUGAAUUAUUACGAUUAUGUACUUUGCCUUGGUCUGGACAUUUGUAUACUCUCUUCAGUUUGUAUCUGUAAUCCUGCUGCUACAUUAAAUUAAUUAAUAAAAAGGAAUAAAUAACAAGUCUGCGGUUGUUUGUCAUCCGUUCUGCAUGCAGUGAAUACGGCGCGAAUGUUUUGGUUGCUUAUUGACGACAACUAGCAAAUUUCAUAUUGUAAAUUGUAAAUCAUUUUUAACUUAAGUUUGCACCUAUCGAUCAGUCAACAAAUAUGGGCCAAUUUCAUUAAUUUUGCAGGAUCGGUCGCUUAUUAAAACCAAAACCGAUUGUGUACGCCCAUCAAGUUUACUGUUAGUUAGCCACAUUAGCUUUAUAGCAUUUAGUUGUAGACAUUGCCUUGGGUGACUAGGAACCCCUGCCAAAACACUGUAAAAGCUAUUGUUUCUAAAUAUUUAAAAAAUUGUAAAUUAUCCUGUUAAAACUUGUUGCAUUUUGUUCAUGCAGUAACAAGCACAUUCACUUCAUUUUCUUAAAUAGCCAUAGAUUUCGCAACACUGUUUGCCUCUUGAACUUCAUGACCACUUGAUAGCGCCAUAGAGCAAAUGAACCACCAGCAAGCUUUGAAUCAAUUGGCUGCAAUGCUUCAUUGCUUCAAGAAACUUUUGACCAUCACUGCUCAAUGUAAACUCACUUUCCAUGGGAGAGACGACCUCUGCUACCACUUGCUGUCAACACUGUUGUCAUACAGCAUGCCUCCCAGCA